GUAAAACUCAGUUUAAACAUAAUUAAAAAAAAACGAUUUUUUUGCGGGAUUUCAUCGAGUGCGGUUGGCGUCAUAUUUUAAUUAUUCUUUAAAUUCGUUCAUAGUGGAUAUUGUGAAAAAAAAUUGGUGUGAUUUUGUGUUAUAAUCAUCUGCGCAUUAACUGAAGAAUUAACGGAAUCUUCAAAAUAUUCGCUAUAUCGGUCAAGUGGAUGUGAGAACUUUAUUGUAGUGUUGUCUACCUCACAGAAGCUUGUCGAGAAAGCUGAAUCGAUAUAUUUUGUGCCAAAUACUCCAAGAAACAUUUAAAUGCGACACACACACAUUCUAAUGUAAAAAAGGAAGAUUAAUGCAAGAAUAAGACGAUGGCUGCAUGGCUGUGCCUUUGCCUUUCCCAAUAGGGAAGAAUAGAACUAAAAAAAACUCCUUUCGCGCGCUAUUUUACGUCACGUCAAAAUCUUUGACGGAAAUACUUUUCCGUCAUCAUUUAAAAAAUUAAUGGAAUUGAACUUUUAUCUCGAUUAUAACAUUUCGUUUUUGUUGUCAAAAUUAAAAUGGUUGCAGGAAACAAUGAAAAAUCACAACAUGAAGAGUAUCAGUAUCUCGAUUUAAUCAAGAAAAUUAUAGAUAGCGGUGACAAACGAGUUGAUAGAACUGGGGUUGGAACUUUAUCAGUAUUUGGGGCCAUGCAACGAUAUUCUCUGGAAAAUAAUACUUUGCCACUUCUUACUACUAAAAGAGUCUUCCUAAAAGGCGUUAUUAAUGAACUGUUGUGGAUGCUGUCUGGUUCUACCGAUGCGAAAACACUUGGAGCUACAGGAGUACAUAUAUGGGAUGCCAAUGGAUCACGCUCUUUUCUUGAUAAUCUAGGAUUUGUAGAUAGAGAAGAAGGUGAUCUGGGUCCAGUUUACGGAUUUCAAUGGCGUCAUAGUGGAGCAGAAUAUAAAAAUGCUAAAACUGAUUAUUCAGGCCAAGGAAUUGAUCAAAUUCAAAAUAUCAUAGACACACUAAAGAAUAACCCUGCUGACAGAAGAAUGUUAAUAUGUGCAUGGAAUCCAUCAGAUUUGAGUAAAAUGGCCCUUCCUCCAUGUCAUUGUUUGGCUCAAUUUCAUGUUGCCAGUGGAAAGUUAUCAUGUUUGUUAUACCAAAGAAGUGCUGAUAUGGGUCUAGGAGUACCAUUUAAUAUAGCAAGUUAUUCUCUUCUUACACACAUGAUUGCACAUCUGACAGGUUUACAGCCUGGGGAAUUCGUUCAUACAACUGGCGACACUCAUGUGUAUUUGAAUCAUAUAGAACCUCUAAGAAUUCAACUACAAAGAGAACCAAGGCCUUUUCCUAAACUAAGAUUUGCACGCAAUGUUGAAUCGAUUGAUGACUUCAAAUUUGAAGAUUUCAUAAUAGAAGGAUAUCAGCCACAUCCCAAAAUAGACAUGGAAAUGGCAGUAUAGCAAGGAAUUCAUAAUAUAUGCACCCCCUGGCACUGAUUGGUACUUAAAAUUAAUUUUGUGUUUUGUAUUAUUAUUAUAGUAUUAUUAGCCAGGGAUUUAUUUUAACCCCCUCAUGCUGUAACCCUUUUGGACCUACAGUCAAUAUGCCCCUGUAUAAUUUAGCAUAGUGAGGUCUCAUUUUUAGCCUAAGACUAUUCUCUAUGUAUUUUACUAGUACUGCAAAUAUACAAUUUAAGAAAAUUACGUAAUAACGUAUAGGGUCAGGUGCAAAUAAAGCACUUACACAGAACUUAGCUCAUGUGUAUUAAAAUAAUUAUGUUUCAGUUUGUAUGUGUCAGUAUCUGUCCUCAAAAUAACAUCUUAAAACUGCUCUUAACUGUAAAAAAUCUGGCUGAGGUAGUUUGAACACCAUUGUUUGUUAUCUUCAUCAUAAGUGGAACUAUUUUUGUAGUUAAUUAGUACUGUGACUUUGAAUGUAUGAAAUUUAUAAAAAUGCACGUAAAUUUGAUCAUUAUUUUAUUGACAAUUCGAAUGAAAUAAAACCCAAAUAGAUGGCAAUUCAAUUAUACAAAUAAAAUACUACACAAUUUAAAUUACAUAAGUUUUUAAAAAAUCUGUUACAUCAUAAUUUUACUCACAUAUUUUGUAACUUAACAAUAUUUAACAAAUUCAUAUUUUAUCUUAUGCUUACAUUAACAUUUUUAAGUCUGUCGUAAGACAAUUUUUGUACAUUGUGUAAUGAAAUACAAUUAAGUCUUAUACGCAAUGUCUCUCAUUAUGAGCUCAGACCUGUAUAAACAACAAAGAAACUAGUGAUCUGCUUUGAACUUUAUUGAAGUAGGUAUAAAUAAUUCCCUAAGCUUGAUUAUUUCAUGGGAGUGAUUUCUAUACGGUAUCAAGUGAACGCAUACGUGAUAAGUAAUGGUUAAAAAUAUAAGAUGACAAAACUAGUGUAGGUUAAAUAUUGAGCUCCAGCCUAUCCUAAAUUAUAUUUUUAUAUAGAAAACAUUAUCACAAAAAAGUAAUUCCAGGAUUAUCUACAGUGCGCUCAAGGUCUUGGAGCACGUGGCCGAAAUCGGAACUAAUUUUAGGAUGAAAACAAAUUAAGGGGCACAAAGUACCUAGUUUAAAACAAGUUUUAACUAAAAAUAAGGUUUACAUGAAGUGAAAGUGUCGACAAAAAGGCAGUGAAAGUCAAAUUGACUUGAGCCGAAAUUGGAUACACAACACACCCUGCAAGAGAGUCAAUGUAUUUAUGAUCUCAUUAUCAUCUAUAAGUUCUGUAACCAAAACUGGGCCAGAAAAACACCCCUGUGGAAUACAAUUAUUAGUUGAUGUGUUAUUGAGCUGAAAUCUUAUUCAAUUUCCUUAGUUUAAAUUAAAACAUUAUCAUCUAAAUAUAAAAUUCAUAAUAAAUAGGUAAUGUAACUAGUAACCGAAGAUUUGAAUGUCAAAUACAUUAUUAUGUAAAAUGACUGUAUUACCUCCAUUUUACCGAUUCAAAUAUGUAAUAAUUAUGUACCUAUGAUAAUAGUCCAGGAAAUGAAUUUAAAAAAAUGGUAAAACCUCGCAAUUUUUUCGUCCAGCACCAAUUUGUACAAAAAUUUGGGAUUAGGCUUAUUUCACCCUCUAAUUCAUUUUCUACAUAUAUUGUGCCGUUGUACGCUUUUUGUUUUUUAGAACGUUUACUUUUUCAAAAAUUAUAAAAUAAAAUUAAACACUAAAUAUGGGUAAAAAUAAAUAAAAAAAUAUAGCUUCAUGCUUUAGGAUACAAUUUCAUAAUCUUUUUUUAGAAACAAAUUUGUAUAGCUUUUCAAGAGCUAUAAGACUAUGUGAAUCAAAUUACUAAGGAUACCUUAAUUUUUAAAUGGGGAGAGUUUAAAGCGCUUGAAUAAGCGCUUGCGCGUGAUUUUCGAUCGUAAAUGUAGGUGUUAAACGGCUAUAUCUCGCCGAAUAUUCACUGUACAAAAAAUAUGCAGACAGGGAAAUAGUACUAUAUCGUUUUUUUCGUAUUUUUAGUAUUUUGGGAGAUAUUUUUAAGAAAAUGGUGAAAAACACGAAAUUGAAAAAAAACGGUUUUCUUUUUAAACUCCAAUUUUUCUAAAAUUUGGCACUUUAAAUUGGUCAAACUUCGUGGGUGUAUUAAUAGUACAUAUAUAAAGUGAAUUACAGAAGGGUGGCGAUCAAUUUUAAUUAGGGGGUACUUUAGGAGUUGUUUUCACAUAAUUUUUUCGUAGAAAAAAGCUGAUACCGAUCUUAUUUUGAUCAUAAGUCUGUCAAUUUUCAUGCUAGAGACAUUGUUUUUUAUUUGUUUGAAAACUGUAAUUAAAUACUUUAAAAAAGAUUCUAUGAGCUUUCUAGCAAAAUUUUCUCGUUAUUUCGCUGUAAGUCUUCCAAUUUAUGCAUUUUGACGAAAAAAGCUAAGCAUUAAUUUGCUGUGUAUCUUAGUUCAUAUUUGUCAUAGAAAAAAAUAGAAAACACGAUGUUUUCGUUUUUUUAAAAGUCACAAUUUGACUCCACACUUUUUUUGGAGUUAUUCGCAAAAAACCAUUUAAAAAAGUCGUUUUUUUCGUCAAAAAUCUUACUUUCAACUUUGAAUAACUCUAAAAAUAUUAGAUUUACGAAAAAAACGUAUAUAACAUUUUUUUCUUAGAAUUACUUUUUCCGUCGAUUCCUACAGUUAAAAUGUUAUAAAAAAAAUCAACAACCCCCAAGGCUGUAGCGUACAGCGGCAUGAUAUAGAAAAUGAUCCUUGAGCUGUUCCCUACCUUUUGUGAAAAUUUCAAGUAAAUCCAUGGUGGACGAAAAAAUUGCGACCCAAAAUGCUUCAUUUCCUGGACUAUAAGUAUUUAAAAAAUUAUGAUAAUCUGAUCACCAUGAAAAUCACAAAUUAAUAAUUAUGAGAAAUGUGUUUUAGACAGAAUAUCGUGUCUGGCCGUACCACAGCCCUUGAGAUUGAACAGUGAAAGGAAGAGGUCAUUUGCCAUGUAAUCAGAAAAAGAACUUAUAAAUAAAAGACUUUACCAAGGAUAAGAGUAGCUAGCAAAAAGUUGUUUGCUACUUAAAUUAGAAUCAUUCGAGAAAAUCGCUUAGACCGUCUGUAUCAUCUCUAUCCUUUUCACAAUAGAAAAUGGACAUAAAUUAACUACCCUGAAAUUGCAUUUUUGCUUGCUUCUAUAUAUCGACAGUGGGGCUGCUUCAAAAUUAACUUAAUUUCAGUAUUUAUGUAAGGUUAAUUUUUGAGCAGCACCAAAGUGGCGUGUUAGCAAUUUUGCUCACUGUCGAUAUGAAAUAAAAUUAUUUGUAAUAUGUGAUGAGUGGGUUGUAAGGCUGUACCGCACCCAUAACAAAAAAAAAAAGGUUUCUUUUCUACCAGAGAUGUGCUUUUUCUAGUGUGUUUGAUAUGUUGCCUAUUAGAUUGCGACAAUUUAACCAACUCCACAUAGGUUUAUUCCAACAAAACACCCAGCAGCGCUGGGUCUCCUCCUCUGAUUGCCUCAAAUUUAUCAGCUUAUUGUAAUCACAUACUUUGGACUAUAGGUCUAUAGUCUGAAGGGAUUGUGUGGUAUAGAGCUGUGUAGACAUUUUAUAAUUAUUUUUUAAAAAAAAACUUCCCAAUACUACAAAAUAACCAUGCCGUUUUAUACCAUUGCUAUAAAAUAACAUUUUUAACAUUGCGGUCCUUAGUUUUGUAUAGAGCCUUAUUACCAAUACCUGAUAGAUAGCAACAGCAGGAUUCGGUAAUUAACAGGCAAGGUUUCGUAUUCAAAGGCACAAUUUGGCAGAAAAAGUUAAGUACGAAAUGUUAUUAUGAUCAAUUCUCUCAUAUUAUAUUGUUCAUUGAUUCGAGAUUGCAGGUUAGUGAGCAGAGAAUCCAAUCAAGCCACUGCUUGUGUUUGUAGUGAGUAAAUUUAUGUAAUGUUGCUAUCAGAGGUAAUUGGUAUGGCAUCCAGGCUGAAGUACAUCAAAAAACCUAUUUUGUCAAAUAUAUCUCAUCAUCAGCCUAUUAAUGUCCCCACUCCUGGGCAUAUGCCUUUCCUAUGGAUGGAUUCUGCUAGGGGUUUAUAUAAAAUGAACACUAAAUCCACUGAAUGCCUUACCUAUACUCUAGCACAUCUUUGGAACUCUUAUCUCUCUCUCUAUCUUAAAUAAAAAAUCCUUAGUGAAAAGAUACCUAAGGUCAAAAAUACCCAUUGUGUAUCAUCAUUUGUGUUGGCUCCCUGGCUUGAAGCAAUGCUAAACUUUGUCCAUUGUCCUUAUUUUAUGAACUAUGGUUCACUUUACCAUUUGUAAAGAGUUGCCAAAGUUCUUUUAAAAUAAAGUUUUCAUCAACACAUUUGAUCAUCUUGCGGCACUGUCUGAAAAUAUAAUACAACAUUAUUUAAUAUUCAUCAAUUGAUGUGACCAUGGUAUCCAUCAAAAUAGUAGGUCUGUGAUUUACAAACAGAUUAAAAAUGCAUUUUAUCAAUGUUCAGAAAAUAUUUUUGAUCUAAAAUAUUUUUAUGUGUUUAUGUUUACACACAAAACAUUACUUAUGCAAUCCACCAUUCUGAUAUCAGGUCUGCCACAUACCUACAUAUAUUUCAGCUAGUAACACAGUCACUUAAAUCAAUAAAAAGUUAUUUAUGCAACUUUAAAAGACGAGUUAUUAAAAUACAAAUGUGGAUGUGGCAUAAUCACACGAGGCGAAGCAGAGUUUGAUAGUAGUAUCACAUGAGCGUUUUAAUACCUUAUUAUAACAGUUGCACACAAAUCUUUAUCCACACCCAUGAUAUGAAUCCUCUAUAAAAGAUUUUGCAAGUAUGGGGCUUUCUAAGAAAUUAAAAUUCAUGAAAAGUUCGGUGCUGUGGUAGUGAAACGCAAUUUAAUUACUAUGUUCUUUUUUAUAAAUACAUAAAACCAUGCAUGGAGCAGUGAAUAUCGUGGCUGUCUGGUGAGUAAGCCCUUGGAGCAGGAGGAAUUUAAAAGUGAAAGAGUUAUUAUGAAAUUUAGUAUAACAAUGGACUUUUUGGCGGGAGCGGGAAACAUCACUUUAGCAGUUUUGUUUUUCUUGUUAAAAAUCGUGUUGUGGCGGAUGUUAGUGUCUAAUAAUGGUGGAUUAUUCGCCACUAAGUGUUCGGGAACAUGCACAAGUGUUGGCAAGUGAAACAAAAUAGCGGGAAGUGUUUUUUGACGUUCCCUCAAGAAGUCCAUGGAUGCGAUUCCAGUAAAUCCCCACACUUUUACUGAAACAUAAAGAAAGGGGGAUUGACUUGACUGCCACUUACUUUGACAUGAUUUAUUACUUUCAUUCAUGACAUUCAUUCAUAUGCAUGCAUCUCUUUUUUAUAUUCAGUCAUUAUAUAGUAUUUUAGUAAAUUAAAAAAUUAAAGUAUACUGUAAUGCUAAUCAUAAAAAAGUUAUGUUAUGAUAAAGCUGUGUACUGUAAUGUUUUAUUUUAAAUUUUAUGUAUGUUUGUUUAUAAAGUAUCUCUUUAUAAAACCAUCUUUAGAUUCAUAAUUCAAAUAUUUCGACAUAAGUAUAAAAACAUUUUAAAACCCACACGGGUGUUAUAGUGGUUUUUCUGUUUAUUAUGACAUUGGAUGUUAUAAUGUUGGCAAUAAGCAGUUUCAGAAUCUUUAAUAGAGGGUGUAAAGAUUGAGGGUAGAUAAAAUUCAUUUAAAAUGUCUAAAUUUACAUGACAUUAGUGCUAAAAAAGUUAUAUGGUAGUGGGGGGGAGAGACAUUCUGAUCUUAUUAGUCAAUCCAGACCUCAACUGACUUUCUGGGCCAAUUUAGGUGAAAUUAGUAACUACAGAUAAAUGGUAAAAGUAUGCCAUUGUAAUUAAUUACUAAAAUAAAGGUUUAGUCAAAUAAUUAAAAAAGUUUAUGUUUCAACAGUCUUACCUGACUAAUUGUUGUAUCUUCACUUCUACUACUAGGCACAGGUAAAGCAGCAAGUUGUUCUACUAAAGCCAUAGUCAUCUCUGUUUCUACAAGUACUUCCACCCACAAAGUAUCUGAAAGUACAAUAUUUAAAAUUGUUAAAAGAGAUAAUUAUUAUGUAAUAAUAACACAAUCUCUCAUUGUAAUUUAUUUACCUCCUAUUUGUUCACCUUUAUCAUUAACCAAAUGAAAGUAUCCUCUAUGUGAGCCAGGUGUGGUUGGUGCUACUAAUUUUAAUGUCACUGUGGUUGAAUGCCCAGGAGGUAAUGGUGGCACAUAAUAAGGUGAAGCACCAAAGGCCUCACCACCAGCCUGUAUUACUCUACAGCUACCAGGCCAUGAUUCAGCUCCAGUAUUUGCAAUACUCCAAUUCUGUUCAAAGCUAAAAUAGGAAAUAGAGAAUUGUUAUUUUUUACUACCAUGUCACAAAAUGUUUAACCUAAACAAAUAAACUCACCGAGCACCAGGACUGACGGCAGUUUCUUGAUUUUGAGCAGCUUUCAAUGACAUAGAAGGAAGUUUAGGCGGUAAUGUAUAAUCUAAAUAACAACAUAUUGCUGCCUGUAAGUUCCUAAAACACAUUAAAAUUGUUACAAAAAAAUUGUGCACAAUAUUAUUCAUUUUAUUACCAAUUACAAAAAAUUUACUUACCAAUUACUCAUAUCCAAAAAAAAACUUGCUGUGUUAUAGUUUAAAGUAGGUCCCAAAAGUCUUUGCAUUUGACUUAUCAAUUCCUCUCUAUCUGUAGUAUUCAUACAACUAAAUUGUAAUAAGAGGUUUUGAUCAAUUUCUCCGGGGAAAGAAGAGCCGUCAACAUCCAUUUUGGAAAUGAAAUAAUUAACACAAAACACUGUACUGCACCUUUACAAAAUACUGACAUAUCAUUUACCCUUUGUUUACGUUUGUCAGCUGACUGCAAAUUCAAUAAAAUUUUACAUUUUGCACUUGGACAUUUUGUUUGUGAGGAUUUCUAAAUUGACAGAACAAUAAACCUAUUCUCUCAACAACCUUUCGACUAAAUAGCAACUUGCAAUUUAAUUCUACACCAAAAAUGAAUCUUUAUUCGGUCGCACUCAAAAUGACCACAGACAAGAGAAAUAAGUAGAUUCCACGAAACAAAAAAAUCGGUUUUUGUAAAAACCGAUAAUCACC